GCGCGGCUCUCCGAACCGGAAGUGGAGAGGAACUGUCGCGGGGCGCGUCUGGCCUUACUCAACGCCCGGCAGUCUCUGCCGUUGCAGCCGCCCUCGGCGCUGCCGAGGCUUCCCGCAGUCGCCAUGUCCGCCAGCGCCGUCUACGUGCUGGACUUGAAGGGCAAGGUGCUCAUCUGUCGGAACUACCGUGGCGACGUGGACAUGUCGGAGGUGGAGCACUUCAUGCCCAUCCUGAUGGAGAAGGAGGAGGAGGGCAUGCUGUCCCCCAUCCUGGCCCACGGGGGUGUCCGCUUCAUGUGGAUCAAACACAACAACCUGUAUCUGGUCGCCACCUCCAAGAAGAACGCAUGCGUGUCUCUGGUGUUCUCCUUUCUUUACAAGGUGGUGCAGGUGUUCUCCGAGUACUUCAAGGAGCUGGAGGAGGAGAGCAUCCGGGACAACUUCGUCAUUAUCUACGAGCUGCUGGAUGAGCUCAUGGACUUUGGCUACCCCCAGACCACGGACAGCAAAAUCUUGCAGGAGUACAUCACUCAGGAAGGCCACAAGCUGGAAACAGGGGCCCCGCGGCCCCCAGCCACCGUCACCAAUGCAGUGUCUUGGCGGUCUGAAGGUAUCAAGUACCGGAAGAAUGAGGUGUUCUUGGACGUCAUCGAGUCUGUGAACCUCUUGGGUAAAUACCCAGGAGUGGGAUGGCUGGGUCACACGGUCAGUGCCAACGGCAACGUCCUGCGCAGCGAGAUCGUGGGCUCCAUCAAGAUGCGGGUCUUCCUCUCGGGAAUGCCGGAGCUGCGCCUGGGCCUCAACGACAAGGUCCUCUUCGACAACACGGGCCGGGGCAAGAGCAAGUCUGUGGAGCUGGAGGACGUGAAGUUCCACCAGUGCGUGCGCCUCUCGCGCUUCGAGAACGACCGCACCAUCUCCUUCAUCCCGCCGGACGGCGAGUUUGAGCUCAUGUCCUACCGCCUCAACACCCACGUCAAGCCCUUGAUCUGGAUCGAGUCUGUGAUCGAGAAGCACUCCCACAGCCGCAUCGAGUACAUGAUCAAGGCCAAGAGCCAGUUCAAGCGGCGGUCCACUGCCAACAACGUGGAGAUCCACAUCCCCGUGCCCAACGAUGCCGACUCACCCAAGUUCAAGACCACGGUGGGCAGCGUCAAGUGGGUCCCUGAGAACAGCGAGAUCGUGUGGUCCAUCAAGUCCUUUCCAGGCGGCAAGGAGUACCUGAUGCGGGCCCACUUUGGCCUGCCCAGCGUGGAGGCCGAGGACAAGGAGGGCAAGCCCCCCAUCAGCGUCAAGUUCGAGAUCCCCUACUUCACUACCUCAGGCAUCCAGGUGCGCUACCUGAAGAUCAUCGAGAAGAGCGGCUACCAGGCGCUGCCCUGGGUCCGCUACAUCACCCAGAACGGAGAUUACCAGCUCCGGACCCAGUGAGGGGCCACCACAGCCAACACCCCGGCCCUGCCGGCCUCGGGGUUCCUGGUGGGAGCACCGGGUCGUACCUGCCAAGCCCGCCAGAUGAGGAGGGCCACCCCCAGGCCCUGGCCGCCACCCCGGCCUCUGCCCGGGGACCUCCCUCCCUCUGCAGGCCACCUGCUCUGCCAUGGACACUCACCUCGGGAGACCUUUCCCAGAGAGACUCGCCCCUCAGGAGUCUUGUCUCUUUGUCCCCUGAAGUCCAGGGAAGGACGUGAGGUCGCCCCGCUAGAGGUACAGUGACAGCCUCCGUGCUGUCCCGCCCCAGCUGCCCGCAGCUCAGCUCCCUGCCUCCCAGGGCAGCGCCCGCCUCGCCCGGCAGCAGGGACGUCGUUGUGUUGCCGUUUUGUUGAAGACGUUGUUAUCGCUGUUCCAAGA